AUGCGAUUUGUAAAAGAUAAUCUUUUACCAAACUUAACGGUUGAAGUCAUUAUAACUGACUAUGAGGUGGCUCUGAGGGAUGUUUUGAUUUCAUCAUUUCCAGAAGCUCGUUACGCUGGCCGCUGGUUUCAUCAUAACCAAGCUGUAUGGAGAAAAAUGAACAGUUUAGGAUACUUACAUCAUCUUAAUACUAACAAUAAUGCCCGUAAAGUAUUGAAACUUCUUUUGUCCCUUCCAUUAUUGCCAGCUAGAGAUAUGGAGAACGGCUUUUUAUUAAUUAGAGCAUUUGCACGAAAUCAUGAUGUCCACUUGGAGAGAUUGCUAAGUUAUUAUGAAAGUUAUUGGUUAAGAAAUAUUGGUCCACAAGUUGUGUCGGUUCAUGGACUGCCUCGUCGGACAAAUAAUAACAUUGAGAGCUUCCAUAACACCUUAAGAUUAAAGUUCUCUGUUGCGCAUCCAAGCUUAUGGAUAUUUCUAGGCACUUUAACUACUUUGAGUACCAGUUACCAUUUGGUUAAUCAACAAACUUUGAACCACUUGCGUCCCACUAAGCAUGUGAGGACCGAGUUUUUGGCUAACUCUCACAGGAUAAAAUAUGCUACAGAGCAAUACCAAUUAGGACAAAUAUCCAUAUGA